AUGGCGGAGAUGGCUGGUAGUGCUGCUGCAACAAAAUGUACCGAGGUAUUGGUAGAUAAAGUAAUGAAGGAACUUCCAUAUUUGUGUUGUUACAAGAGUUAUGCAGCUGACUUUGAAGAGAGGAAAAAAGAAUUGUUAGCUGCAGUGGAGAGUGUGGACAUGAAGAUAGAAGAAGCCAAAAGAAGAAAUGAGACUCAAAUUGACCCGACAGUUAAGUACUGGGUUAAAAAAGCCAACAACAUUAUUCAGCAAGAAACAAGGCCAAAGAAAUGGUUUGGUUUCUGUACUGAUUGGUUUUCACAGUAUUCACUGGCAAAGAAAUUAGAGCGCAUCAUGCAAGAGAUUCCAACAAUAACGGAGAAAGCUGGGAACUUCUCACAAGUUGCACACACAGCGGAACGUCCAGGCAUGGAAUUCUGUUCACAAGAGUUUAUGCAUUUUAAGAGUAGAAACUCAGUCUACGAACAACUUAGGGAGAAGCUGAAAGAUGACAAUAAUUAUAGGAUUGGAUUGCAAGCAAUGGGAGGAUCCGGGAAGACCACAAUGGCAAAGGAAGUUGGGAAGGAACUUGAAAAUUCAAAGACAUUUGACAAAGUUAUCUUUAUUGAAGUGCCCAACCCUAUUGAUGAAAAGAAAAGUCAAGAUGAAAUUGCAAAGAAAUUGGAACUGACGUUAGAGAAUGGCAAGGAUUUAACAGAACAAAUAUGGAUAAGAAUUACUAACAUUGGAAAUGUACUCAUAAUACUUGAUGAUGUCUGGGAAGAGCUCAAACUGAAGAACAUAGGGAUUUACGGUGGCAUCCAUACCCAAGGCCGGUGUUGUGUUUUGCUAACCACACGUUAUGAGACAAUUUGUAGAAGAAUGAGCUGCCAAGAGACCAUUAAACUGGGGGUCUUACCUGAGGAAGAUGCUGUGGAUCUUUUCCUACAUCAUGCUCAUGAAAGUGGGAAGGAUUGCCCUAAUAAAUUGAAGUUGUUGGCAUCAAAAGUUGUGAACGAGUGUGGAAACUUACCAGUCAUAGUGGUAGCAUUAGCAAGAACAUACAGAAACUGGGAUCCAAAUGAAUGGGAGGAUGCUUUUGUGGUAACAAAAAAAGCUUCAUCCUUAAGGCAUGAGAAUACUGAUGAAGAAGAGAAAAAGUUUUAUAAUUCUUUGAAAAUAAGCUUCAAGUGCCUAGAUAUAGGAGCCCAAGAUCUCAUCCUGCUAUGUUCUUUAUUCCCAAGAGCUUAUGAAAUACCUUUAGAGCUUUUGAGCAGAAUUGCUAUAGGUUUUGGGCUUUGUGAAAAUGUUGACAGCUACUACACAGCUAGAAGUCAGGUGCUUUCGAUCAAAACCACACUUGUACGUUCUGCUUUAUUGUUGACUGCUAGACAAGGAUGUGUAAAGAUGCAUGAUGUGAUUCGUGAUAUGGCCCAUCAGAUAGGAGAUGAAAAGAUUCAAGUAAUGAUAGAUUCUAAGAGUAAAUUGAAGGAGAAUGUAAAAUACUCAUCUUGGAUGAUAGAUGACUUUUCUGAUUUUUUUGGGGGCAACAAUCUUGAGGUUCUUUUAGUAUGGGUAAAUGCUAGUCGUUCUUUAGAAGUUCCUAAGGCAUUCUUUGGAGGUAUGAAGGGACUUAGAGUUUUGCUUUUGUGUUCCAAGUUUCAGAGAACAGUGGCCCUGUCACUACCAAAAUCAAUUCAUUCACUUGAAAAUAUCCAAACACUGUCCCUAACAAAUUGGGAGUUGGGUGAUAUAUCUAUUUUGCAAAAGCUAAAGAAACUCAUCACUCUUGAAUUGACUGAUUGUUCCAUUAUUGAACUGCCAAAUGAUAUUAGCCUACUAGAGAAAUUGAAGUUGCUGGGCUUGGUACGUUGUUCAAUUGAAAGGAAUAAUCCAUUUGAAGUGAUUGGGAGAUGCUCAAAACUUGAAGCAUUGUAUUAUGUCUCAAAUGAUGACACUCUUAAAAAUAAUGCAAAGCCUUCUAAAAUUAUAGAUCUUCACCAAGAGUUUGAGCUAUAUCAUAUAGAAGGCAUCUACUUCUACAAGCGUUCUUUUCAACUGGAUGCUUCGACAAAAAAAUAUUUCAAUUCAACCAAGUUACAAGGAAUCUUGUCUGAAAGCACAAUCAAAUCUCUGACAGCAAGGGCAGAGAUUCUCGAGUUAACAGAAUGUAAUGAAACAAGAUGGACAAAUCUUGUUCCUGAUAUGGUUCAUCCUAAUAAAGAUGAAGGCAUGAAUGGCUUAGUUAGGCUUUCUUUGAAAUCUUGGCCCGCAAUACAAUGCCUCAUCAAUAUGAGUGGAAUUCAAUAUGAUGCAACCAUAUUUUCCAAUUUAGUUGAGCUGCGACUUCAUGAUAUGCGUGUGAGGGAAUUAUGUCAUGGUGAUUCUCCUAGCAACUUUCUCAAGCAACUAGAGAAGCUAUACUUAAGUUCUUGUGCUGAACUAGAUGGCACAUUAUUCAACGAGUCUAAAGCAAUUGGAGAAGUUGCACAUAAGGGGAUGCUCAAAGCUGAAAUGCCUUGUAAGUGA